AUGCCUUUUUCCAGCACCGAUUGGAGGAAGUUCGACAACGACGACGACCUGGAAGAUGCGAGAGCAUAUAUAGCCCAGGAGGUGAUUCCUCCUGUCCUCGACUGUCUCUCUGGUUCUGUGAGCCUCUUGACCGGAUCUCAGGAGCCGCUGGCUGGACAGUCUAUCGUCGUUUUCGAUCUUAUCGCUCUAAUCAACAUGAAGUUCUCUCUGACUGCCGCUCUUCUUGCUCUGGUCCCGGCGGCUUUCGCCUUCCCGGCUACCCUUGAGACGGCUGCUGCCACUCUCAAGCGCCUAAGUUUGACCGAGAUCACCGAUCAGUAUCUCUUUUCUCUAACUCUUCCUCAAUUCACUGCCAAGCGAAAUGCUCGCGACCCCUCUACUCUUAUCUGGGAUUCGGACGGUUGCACUUCUUCUCCAGACAACCCAUUCGGCUUCCCGUUCACGCCGGCCUGCCAUCGUCAUGACUUUGGCUACCGCAACUACAAGAACCAGAAUCGUUUCACUGAUGCCAACAAGUUGAAGAUUGACGACAAUUUCAAGAAGGACCUUUACUACCAGUGCAAAGGUGUGACGGCCGAGACUGUCUGCAAGGCCCUAGCAGAUGUCUAUUACGCUGCUGUCCGCGCCUUCGGUGGCAGAACCCAGUCCAAGAAGCGUGAAGACCAGGAAGAUCUCAUCCGCGAGUACGAGGAGAAGCUGGCGAUUUACAACAAGCUUGUUGCUGAGGCGCAGGAGAGGGGUGAACUCUGGCGUCUGGAUUAA